AUCGUGUAUCUAUAAAUUAUACACUUAUGUUUAUACGUGUAUGUGUAUGGCUGUUUGACUUGAAUACCUUCGUUAUUUCUUGAAUGACGAAUACGUUAUCAAAGCAAUAAUGAUAUGACUUCAAGAUUCGACAUUCUCUACGAGACUUAUAUAUUUCUGCUCAAUCGUAAUCGUUUUCCUUUGAAGGUAUUGAAGAAAACAGUUUAAUAAAAUUAUAUUUCGUUUCUGUUAUAUGUACAUAUUAAAAGUAUCACAAUUGUCUGUUAAAAUAAGAUCGGUACUAAUCAUUUUCCUUUUAAUUAACGUUAUAAAUUGUAUAUGAAAUAAACAUAAUUAUAAUUACAAAAUGCAAUACGUGAUUAAAAAUUUUUUUUGUAACAAACAUGAACUUUCAUUGUUAAUUUUUAAUCAAAUACUCUUUCUCACAUCCUCGCACAGUUUUAAUUAUUUAAUAUGAUCCUAUUAUCCUAGAAUAACAUUGUGUAAUGUAUGUUACAAAAUUUAAAUAAUUCGAUAUUAUAAUUUGUGAAUCGAAUAAAUAAUUCGAUAAAUAAUUUUGCUUAUGAUAUCUAAUUUUUAACUUUUUUUUCUCUCAUUUUUAAUAAUUUAUAAAUACAUAUUAAAUUUUUUUCCAUUACGUACUUCUGGGUUAGUGGCGCUGCAGUGUUAUGACUUGUGUAUAGGAUAUGCAAUAUUGUCACUCAAUAUAGUCUGUUUCUUGUAUUUAAAGUUAGCUUAGAAUAAUCGUUAUCGAUGUUUCAGCUUGAUAAAUGAUAGAGAACGCUUUGAAUUACAUGUUCUGCGAGAAAAAUUUUUUUAGCACUAUACAACGCAUUAUAAAAAGACUUUUAAUAUAACAUCCAUCAUGCCAUAUAGUAUACUAUGUAAUAAUUAUGUAUUUUUCAUUUGCAAUGUUAAUAUUUGCAGUUAUCUCUAGAGGCAUAUUUCCGAAGUUCUGAGCAAUUUGAUGCCAAAAUUAACACAGGGAGAAAAAUGGUGCGAAUAAAGUGGUCCUUAACCAAAGCGCCUAAUAUUCUUAAACUUAAUUUAAAACAAAAAUGGUGGCGUCUUCAAAUCAUUAUAAAAUCUUUAUUUUAUAAUGAAUUUCUAAAUUGGAGUUACAUUUGCGACAUACUCCUGGAACCAAUGUUUUGGUUUGUAGAAAAUUUUACUGCUUGUUUAGGUCCAGUAUUUGUAGUAAUGGUAAGCCUUUUAACUGCAAGUAUAGUGUACAUUGCAUAUUACAUUGGUUUACCAUAUUGGUGGGAAAAAAGUCCAUCGAUGACAAUAAUCCUCUUAGUGAUUGGAAACUGGUUAUUAGUAAAUGGUGUAAAUGUUCCAGCUGGUUAUCCACCAGAAGGUGGUCUGAUACCAGAGGCUGUGAGUAUCUGUAAGAAAUGUAUUAAACCAAAACCACCCAGGACACACCAUUGUUCUGUAUGCAAUAGAUGUAUUCUUAAGAUGGAUCAUCACUGUCAAAUAGCAUGGUUAAACAAUUGCGUUGGUCAUUAUAAUCACAGACAUUUUUUUCAAUACAUGGUUUUCACUGUACUUGGUAUUUUAUUUAUAAUGCUGUUUGGUGUGGAAAUAGCAUAUCAAGAAUUUUUUCCAGCACAAGAACCAGAAUUAGAUGGUCAUCCAGUACGCAUUAAUAAUUCUGAGAUAAUUCCUGUGUCUGAAUCGCUGGAUCACCUAAGUGAAGAAGAAUUAGCUGAAAUAGCUAAACAAGCUGUAGAUACAAAUAUUAAAGAAUGGAAACGUCGACUUAUAGUCUUUGCAGCGCUAAUUUGUGUAGCUACAUUUGCAGCAUUAGGAGCUCUGACAUGGUGGCAUGCAGGUCUCAUUACUAGAGGAGAGACAAGUAUAGAAGCACGUAUAAAUAGUACAGAAACACAGAAAUAUAAAGCACUUGGUAAAAUAUAUCAAAAUCCCUACAAUUUUGGACCAAGACAAAAUUGGAAGCUUUUUCUAGGUAUAAUUGGCAGGUAAUUUGGAAGACUAAAUAUUUAUUAACAAAUAUUUUACAAUUAUUACAUUAUGAUUUGGUAUAACAGAAGUUGGUGGCACAUACUUUUUCCAUCCAAUCACGGACCAUAUGGAGAUGGUCUCACAUGGAAGACUAUUCACGAUACAAAAAUAUCU